AACGGAGAGACAAGCGGCGCCAUUAUUGUAAGGGGUUACAUUUAGCUGGCCGUGGGUUGUAGUACGCGGCGUUCGGGAUAGGGGGCUAUAGUACCUUCAUGCAUGGCCCAUAAAGGAUUCGUCGACUAUCCGAGAAGUACGCAAGAAACGGCUUCUAACACCUGACAGGGGCCACGCUCUUCUCUUCUCUCUCCUCGUGCCGUCGCCGGGUUCGCCGUCGCAGCCCAAUUUCCAAACUGGGACCACGACUGGGAUCGUCCGGGGUGGGCCCGAUCGAGAAAGGACCCACCGCUUUAUCACCGAUUCUCGUUCUGAUUCGGAUGGAUUUGUAAUCGGGAGGCACACGAUUACGUCGAGCGUGAAUCUGAAUCUUCAAGGUGAAGAUCUGCGAUACGUGGAUCUUAACUUGGAGAGGAGGGAUAUGUCAUUUGCCAUCGCGGACAGUCGGUGAUUCGUGGCCAGUCGUCUCUGGCGGCCGCAUCCCGCCGCGUUCGGUAUUGUUAUUGUGAUAAUGUGCUGAGUUGCGUAAGUGGCAGUAAAAGUGGAUCAUUGUUCGCUGAUAAGAGGAGCAGGUAGUGAACACGGGCAGCGACGACGUCGACCAGAAGGAAGGCAAGAGAAAGAGAGAAAGAUUCUGGAGCAAGCGACAAGCGAGAAAUAGUGCGCGGGUUUCUUGCGACGAGGAUCCUGCUGAUCGACAGAUCAAGUGUACAUGGUAAUCCGUGCCGAGAUGGAUUAUGCAAUGAAGAAGCAGCAGGCGGUGGACGUUUCGUCGCGGUGUCGGUGUUGAGGCACUUGUCCCGGUCGUCUGGUCCGGGCGUGUCAUCGGCAUCGGGUCCACAUCGGCACCGACAGGCGAUAUGAGUUCGAAAUUCAUAAUUGAUAGUAUGCUACCUAAGUACCACCAGCAAUUCCAUCAUCAGCAGUUAUUCUCAAGCGCGAAUCCAGGUACCAUUCAGGCGUGCACCACGAGUCCGGCCACCGCUAGCCUAGAAUCAAGUUUAUCCGCGGCUGCAGUGGCGGCCGCGGCGGUUAACUACGCACAGCAGCACAAUUCACCGAGUCCAACUGGCUCGAGCCCCCAGCACUCGGGAAGCUCCGCUUCGACGUCACCGGCGGCACGCACGACGUCCAGCAUGUAUCCUUACGUAUCCGCCGCAGCGGCGCAUCAUCAUCAUCAGCAACAACAGGCAGUCGCCGCCGCCGCGUUCGGCGCCACGUCCAGCAUGGUGCCAGCUUUCGGCUCCUCGGCGGCGUCCAGCGCUGCCCUGGCCGCCGCCGCUGCCGUGGACGCCGCGACUGCCGGCGACAAGUCCUGCCGUUACACGGCCAGUCUCACCGGCAAUGUAGCACCCACAUCGGCCGAUCCUAUGGUUAACUAUACCCUCGGUCAUCAUCAUCAAAACGGUGCUACGCCCGGUAGCCUCGUCUCGUCCGCAUCCGCAUCGUCAGCCGUGUCGGCCGCGUCGGCUUCCAUGGCAGCGGCGGCGCAAUUCUACCAUCAAGCGGCUGCCGCAUCGGCCGUCGUCGAUCCUUUGACAUCUUGCCAACAACCUACCACCGGCCAGCCUGGGAUUUCGGACAUACCUCGGUAUCCAUGGAUGUCCAUCACCGAUUGGAUGAGUCCAUUUGACAGAGUGGUCUGCGGUCCGAACGGCUGUCCGAGGCGCAGAGGCCGGCAAACGUACACGCGGUUCCAAACAUUGGAAUUAGAAAAAGAAUUUCACUUCAAUCACUAUUUGACGCGACGACGGCGAAUAGAGAUUGCGCAUGCGCUCUGCCUGACGGAACGACAGAUCAAGAUCUGGUUCCAGAAUCGACGAAUGAAGCUAAAGAAGGAGCUGAGGGCAGUGAAAGAGAUCAACGAGCAAGCUAGACGCGAGCGCGAGGAGCAAGAUAUGAUGAAGAAGCAGCAGGCAGAGAAACAGGCCAAGUUGCAGCAGGAGCAACAAAGCGCCGCCCUCCAGCAUCAGCAGCAGCAUCACGUAAGCGGCCUGGACAAAACGCAAAGCGAUCUUCUGAAGGCAGUCAGUAAGGUACCCACAUAGGAUACCUUACUGAGCCGACUCUCUUUCUUUUAAAGGAAGACACAAGAGACUGGAGCGGCCUGGACGAAAACACCGAUGCGAAGUAGUUGGUAAGAUCGGCAUAGAAGACCCCGAGUUCUCCUCCUCUCAUCUUCGCGCGCGAAAAAACAGGUACGAAACAUCCGACGCGAAGGUUAUUGCGAUCCUCCUCCUCGAGUCGGUGACACGGUGUACGCGUAGAGAACCUUGCGGAUGCGGUCACCGUCAGUUUUGUAUCAAGGCAGAAGAUAGUGAGAAUUGUUUUUUUUCUUUUAAGAGAUCUGGAAGAUUCAAAAGGAGCGGUAUUCUUCUGGGCAAAACACGAAGGUACGACGAAUGCCUUGUCGAUUUGUUUUUCUUUUUUUCUCUCUUCUUUUUUUUAACGAAGAAAGAAAGAAAGGUAGAUUACAGUAGUGAAACUCGAGAAGCAUAAAGAACGAACGCACCCCCCCGCCCGCCCUCCGCAUAUAACUACGUACUUACUUGGCUAGCCCCCGAAGAGCGACGUGGUGCCUGCGCCUCGUAUUGGGGGCUCAGCCUGUGACUGAUUCCUAGAACAUAUAAUGUAUAUUGUUAAUCGGGUGCUACACAACGAGCCAUUGCGAUUAUAAAGUUAUGAACGUACGACUGGCGCGAUACUGCCACGGUGAGCCAGCGAUUACGUCAGGUCGGUGAGUAGACUAGUUAGAAUGGCCACAAUUGAAGGAUUAAUGGCUGAGCGGCCAACUGAGUUAUCAGCGACGACACUACGAUUAAUUGAUUGUACCCUCACAGAAAGUGGGAGUAAUUAGACCGUGCUGUAGAAGCGGGACCGGCGUACAGUUGCGAGAAACGACGGACGAAGUUGAGGAUAUAGCUAGUCUUCGAUCUGUCGCUUAACCUAUUUCGUACGUGCGAAUUGGCGAAUUGAAGGCUAGCUAGAUCCGAUCGCGGUUAUAUACGAUGAAUUGUCGUACCAGAGGAAAGAGAGAAGCGCGGAGACGCCAGUCGUGCCGCUGUCGAGCGUUUAAUCUUCAAUAUCACGUGGAUGUUUCCGCUUCCUCCGUACGGCCACUAAGGGGUAUUAGAGAAGGGGCGUAAAAUUCGCGACGCCCUCGUUGGAGCAACGAACGUAUCUCUCGCGCAGACUUUGGGUGUAUCCGACUUUGGGUGUACUCUCUUUGGAUAUUACGUUACAAUUAUAUAAAUAACCGAUGUACACGAUCAUUAUCCCCCAAGUCGCUUUUCGUUAGUUGAAGGAAUUCAGUAUUCGUGGGUGUUUAUACUUCUCUCGAACUAGUUAGUUAAAUGCUUUGGUGUGUUAUCACACGCAUAAAGACGAUUUUAUUGAGAUAUUCCGAACUUUAACUUUCUGGCAAACGCGUGAACCAGCCGUUGGUCAUUCGAUUUAUUGCAAGUUUUAUCUAUAUGGGGUUUAAAAUAAAGGAAAAUUUGACUUUGUUUUACUUGGAAUAUUAUCUGGCCUUAUAUAAUAUUGCACAAUAAUGCACUCAAUAUGUUACGGAAUAAUCCUUUCUUGAACCAUCUCUGUCAGUGCGGUAGCUCGGCUCAGCAACAAAAAAGAAAGAUAUAAGUUUACUAAGAGAAAUAAAAUGCGCAUUUAGUUUGGUUACUUCGACACGUCAAUUUGGACAAAUAACAGAAAAUGAAAUAUUUAAUGAAUAAAGUGACAAAUUAUUUUAUAUCCAACACUGUAAAAAUUUAGGGUAUUUAUUUUUUUACCAGUGCGAGUAAAAGUACUAUCCUAUCAUGAGCAAUAAAAUGUCGUUGAAUUCACGAACUUUGCCCAACAAUUAAAAAAAAAAAAAAAGGACGCGAAUAUCGUCAUCCAAAGGCAAACGAUAUUCACCUACUAAAUAACGAGAUAACGAGUCGUGAACAUACCAAAUGUUAGAUUUCAAGCGUAUAUCUUUCUUAAUAUUGCUUAAUAUUUGUGAAACGGACGGUAAUAACUGUACAAUAUACACUUGAACUUGGUCAAGAUCUCGACAAAGAGUAAUUAUCUCGAUCAUCUUGCCGUGUUAAUGAGCAAAAUUACACAUUUACGUCAGCAUACAGUUAUAAUCAAUUUAUCAUUAUUGUAACAGGAUGCACAUUAAUCUGCAGUGAUGCAAAAUUAAUGUGAAUUGUUCAGUUUGCUAAAAGAAAGCUCCUCGAUUUAUAAUUUGUACAACUAUUUGGAAUUAAACUAAUUAUCGUUAUGCAAUUUCCAAUUAUCAUUGUUGGCAUUUUAUUGAAAAUCGCAGAUUAUCGAUAUUAGAUAUUUUUGGCUUAAACAUUGGCUUUCAUGAGAACGAGCGCUGAAACGCGGCAAAAAUAAGAUACACGGAGACACAACCGUACAUUCUCAUACGAGAAACACGAGACACACCACCGGACGAGUAUCUCACUCUUAGUACAUUAAAUACGUAAUUUGGUGUCAGGGUAGACCUUUCCAUAGAUAUAGAACCCGUUGUUGGUAUUACUUACUUAGAGUUCGUAAAAAAAAAAGAAGGUAAACACAUGAAAAGAAAUAACUUCGAGAUAUAUAAAUUAUUACCUAAUUAUUUUUUUCUCUCCAUGUUAGCGCGAUCAGUGCAUAGAUCUUGAUUGCUUAUCGCAAAAUUCCCCAUCCAAUUUUAUGCUGAGCAUAAAUCGUUAUUUCUAAUUAUAUCUAUAGAGUAUUAUAUUGUAAGGAUCGCCACUGAAGUGCAGUGCAUUUAUUUGCUAUUGAUUUGAAACGCUUUGAAAGCAAAAUCAAAAUUACUGAGAAGGCGCAAAAAUUAUAUAUUCAUUUAUACACAUAUAUAUUUAUAACCGAUUCUCUCUUUAAUUUGAGCAGGUAUCAAGGAAAUUGAGAUAUAUUAUGCGUGAGAUAUAAAUGAAAUUCAUAAUUUUCUUUUAAUUAACGUCAGGAUCUAUGGCAUGGAUCGCUUAGUACGCCUAUUACGACGUAAAAUCAUAUUGUACACAAUACCAUAUUAUAUAUUAUUAAAAGUAAUAAGUAUAUAUUAUUAUAUAUAAAUAUAUAUGAACAAAGAAAAGAAAUCUGUUGUACCGUGCACCGAGGCAGAAUUUUUUGCUAGCGCGGUAAGGUUUUAGAAUACGUAUAAACAAGUACGUAAAUUGAGGGAGAAAAGGAAACCUUGUUAAUCUAACUCAAUGAGAGAAGCAUAAUAGUGACGAUCAACUCCAAAUAGACGUCCGUAAAUCAAAGCAAAAGGAAAAAAAAACAAAUCUAUAUAAACGGAAGGAGGAGAAACGUAUUCGUAUUUAGUACCUUACCGCUAAUUACCUAAACUAAAAAUAUUACUAUAAAUAAUAUUCCCAUACGUAACGUAAUGAUUAAGCUGCGCAUGCGAAUUCGUACACGAUGUAUUCACGUAAAUAUCUCCCCACAUAGCGAAGUACCUACCUGCAUACCGUAAACAUAAUGAUGUUUUAACGUGUAAUGUGCAAAACGAAAACGAAUGGAGUAGAACAUAAUAUAUGCGUGCGUACGUACGGUGAAACAGUCUUGCAAAAAUUAGAUUCGAAUAAAAGAGUGAGAGAGAGAGAGAGAUAGAGAGAGAGAGAGAGCAUUCGCGGAAAUAUGGUCGCACUUACGGGAGGUAAAUACUCGGCACAAAUGGUUAAAAUGCUUAAGGAAUAUGCUUUAAAUUGUGUUAUCUUCCAGUAGAAAAUUGAUACAGCCUCCUGGGGCGUUAUAACGGCGCGUCUCGCAUUGGCCAUCAUGUAUGAUCGCGUUAGUUAAAGGAAAGCACCAACACAGACAUGUUAUUUUGUUUUUAGAUAUAAUUUAACUGAAAGCUCAAAAUCGAAAUUAAUAGUUGCAGAUACGUACUACAGAUUUUUUCUUCUAUCGUGUGUUAUUGUAGUUUCUAUGAUAUUAUUUGUAAUUUUUAAACGAACGCUUUUUGUUUAUAAAGUGAAGAAAAUUCGGGGUCUGAGAAAUUAGGCUUCGAAACCGACAUAUCUACUAAAAAGUACGGAAUAUAAUAAAAAUAUGGAGUAAUCAAUUGUUAAAUUAUGUAAAAUUAUUAAUACAUUUCAACAUAUAAAAUAUACGUAAAAAUUACAUUUAAAAUAAUAUUAUUUUUGUAUUUUCGUUUUAUUAUUGGAUCUUUUUUGUUUUAUUAUUGGGUCAGAUUGGUUUGAUUUUGUGCCUUUUUGAAUGGUAAAUCAGGCAUCUUCUACAAUUAUAUCAGAACAUUAACAAAUGAUCAACAACAUCGAUCAUUUAAUCGAUGAUCAAUUUUUUUCCAAUAUUACAACAAAGUCAUAUGUUCUUCAAAAUCGAGCUAAAUUUUUUUACUGAUCCCAUAUUUACGAAAGGCUCAAAGCACAAUAAUAGAUUGUAGGGUUAGAUUAGGUUAGGUUAUGCUGAAUUGCAAAGAGUGUAUUGUUAUAUUAAGGUUAUGUUGAUCGCGGAACACACCGAGAGGUAUGUCGGUUUAAAGCCAGACUGAAUCUUCCAAACCGCACCGUCGAGGUAGCAAUAAUGAUAACGAUGAAAAUGGAACAGUUUUAAAAAGCCACAAUCGCAUAGAAUAGUUCAAUAUUAUCAUGAUACUUACCGCUGUUUAAAAUAUGCCGAAGAAAGUUAACUUUUGAACUUCACGAAUUCGAUAAAAGCUGAUUUGACGUAUAAAACGAGUAAGUAAUACAUGAAUUAUAGAUUCUGAGUUGUGCUACACUAAAUUAUCCUAAAUAUACUACGUUUAUAUCAAUUUUGAUAAAGUGUAUCGUUUAAUUUCGGAUAAAUAGGGGUAUGUCAUUUUUGAAGGCGUCAGCAUAGGCGUCUUUUCUCUGUUAAUUAUUGAUGAUUGUAAUUGUAAAUUGUAGAGUAUUGACCGUGAUAUUUCGGUAAUAAUGGUAAUGAGUAUUUAUAUAUGCCAACAUUAAUUGAAAAUUGUAUAGAUUAAUAUCGAUGUAAAAUUAUAUUAAUCCCGCGACUAAACUCGUCAUAUUUUCGUUUGUAUUCUUAUCUUGAGUUUUGUAAUCGUUUGCGAAAGCUAUACGAUUGUUGAACUCGCAGGUUUCGGCAAAUUGUGCAAUUGGACGUUUGUACCUAUUAUCUGUUGUUCUUGUACAUACAUGACUACGCGCGUACUACAAUGUCUGUCACUUAUCGACAUAACCUCCAUAUGUCGGACCAUAUUUCACGCCAGCGCUCGCGGUCUAGGCAUAUAGAUAUACAAAAAAUAUUAUUGGACAACAAAGCAUAGUUGUAUAUCGGUUCCAAUCCACGUAAUCAGUUCUCACGUAAACAGUAGACGAAUCAUUCUGUUGUAAAUUUUGUGACCGUAGCCCGAGGAUCUUUCGGUUGUCCUGUCGGAAUGUUGAAGUAUGAUCGCGCCCUAAACUUAUUCCGGCUCACUGUAUACGGAACAAAGAUAUCGUAGAAUCGGAGAAAAAAAGAGAGGGAACGCAUUUGACGCGGUUAGCCCCGAGAAUCGGUGUAUCUAUUUGUAGAAAAGCUUUAUACAUGACUCUAUUUACGAACUAUUAUUAUUAUUAUUAUUAUUAUUAUUAUUAUUAAUGAGUUAUUAUCAUUAUUGCUUAGUUAUGUUUUGAUGUUAUAAUUACGGACAACGUUAAUUAUUCAUGACGCGGCAGCAGCGAGUACUGCGGCGAUGACGGCGCCGAUACGUCCGACAAAUUAGAGAUAUACGUAAUGCGCGUAAUAAUAAUUAAUUAUUAUUAUACUUAGUCCGAGGAGUUUGUAUAAUACGGGGUGGUGAGAUUUACGGCGGCCGUAUUAGUUUCUACUUAUGAUACAUUAAGUCUUAAUUAGUAGUGUGGUGGUGUGUGGCGAAUAAAGCGAAUGACAUCGACAUGUAUGAAGGUCGCGCGGGUGUUUUUGCGCGUGUACGUCAGGCGUCGACCGCGGACGACUUGAGAAACGGAUCGACGAUGAGGAUCGGUAUCAUUCUCUUUUCUAUGUGCCAUUUCUACGAUAUUCUCUUCAAAAAUGUCUCGAGAAAAUUGCCUCAAUUGAUUGAUCGCGUGGCUUUCUGUUUCUUCUUCCUUUUUUUUUCUUAUCUCAAAGAGAAUUCCAAGAAAAGAUUGUUCGGGCUGUUAAACAAUUAUCUUGAGGUCGUUCUGUUAAAUUCUUAGAACACGACUUGUUUCGUAUUUUGUACAAUGUGUAUACGAGUAACUUUAUAAAAACGAUUAACUUGUUUUGAAAUUCGAAGUGUCGGUGGGAGAAACACGUUGAGAGUAUGUAACCGGUAAUGUAAUUCGCGGUACUUCCUGCGAAUCUCACGCGAACUGAGUGUAGUUGGUGUGUUUCGAUCGAUGAAAACGGUCCCUUCUCAAAUCUUUCGCACGGGUCGGGAAAAGAAAUCUAGGGAUAUAAGACGAAAACUUUAGACUAAAAAUUGUGCGGGCGCCGUCCACAUAUGAAGCUUUCUCUCGGCUUAUCUCUAAGCUAGCUACAGCAACUAUAUGGUUAUAGAAUAUUAUGCUAUAAAUAAUUGACGCGUAAUCAUAUCAUAUAACUUUCAUAACGCUUCCCCUCAUUCCUCCCCUCCUCUCCCCCUCCUUUCUCCUUCGAGAUUCUACCCCAUUCUCUUUCUCCCUUCCCUUGUCCCUUCCCACUUCUCUGUCGUUUAUUCAUUCUGAUCUUAUCAUUAUCGUAGAUGUACUAUAUCACAUUGAUAGUACCGAUUAGAUAUAGUUACGGAAAAGUUGAACAAGCACACAGUGUAUUAGUAGUACAACAUUGCCCGACUUGCCAAACUCGCGUACACGUAUUUCUUGAAUUCGCGUGGCCACGGCCGAUUCGUCGGCGUUCAAGCAAAAAGAAGAAAAAAGAAAGAACACUUGAAUCUCCAAACAACACCUUCUCUACCUUCCACCUUCCUGCUCCCCUUUCCCCAAUUCCCGCGCGAGGACUUCUCUUAUCCGAAUUAAGAAAUGUAAAACAAACACUAGAGUGUGGCUCAAACAUUGGUAAAAUGAUAUAGUAACAUUUAGUAUGUGAGUAUGACUGACGAGUGAUUCAGCACACGGAUAAAAGGCUUGCUUGUACGCGCGAGAGUAAUGAUGAGAGUAAGACGAGAAUGCAAGUGUGAGUGAACAGAGAGAGAGAGAGAGAGAGAGAGAGAGAGAGAGAGAGAGAAAGAGCGAGAGAAAGACAGAGAUCGUGAGCGAGAGAUAUUCAGCGUCGUACUAUUUUUAAGUAAAUGCGAAUCUGAUGGCAAAAUCGAAAUUAUUCUUCGCGAUGUGCACGUUCUGUUUGAAAGGAAGAAAAGAAAAAGAAGAAGAAAAAGAUGAUAUUUACGAAACGAACAGCCGAAUCUAACGGAACGCAGAAUCGAGUUGAGAAAAAAAAAUUGUUUGUUAUAUUUUCUUUAUCUAUAGAUGUCAUUGUUUAUUUAUGAACUGUUUAUUUUACGUAUUUUUUCGUAUAUUUGUUUUUUGUUAAUGUGAAAAGAGAGGUACUGACGAAUUUUUUUUUUUUUUAUAAUAGCUUAGUGUGAAUAUCGCUUAUCGUCUCUAUUGUUUCGACGCGUAUUAUAUAGAUAUAUUAUAGAGAUUUUUAUAAUAUUGCGUAUUUUCUCGAAAGACGAUGACACUGUUGCGUACCACAAUAUCCGAACACGACAAGCACGAACGUUUCGUUCAGAUAUAUCCCGUGUGUGUGGUCGCUGAUGAGAAAUUAAUUCUAGUCUUCUUGUUUGACACAAAAAGACGCUGAUGAUUUGAUGUCGGUACGAAACACUUUCGUUGUCUUUUGGCACAUAACUGGUUGUAUUAUACUUAUUAAAUUUGUUUGUUCAACCUGUG